AUGCCGAUUACUAGGACAAGAAACCCCCGUUCGGUGACGAACGAAAAUGACGAGAACAGCAAUGCCACAGCCCGCGUUACCCGGGCGAAAGCUGCGGCAACCCUGAACGUUGAUGAGCUCGCCAUGCCCACCAAGGCGCUCCAGUCAAAAAAGACAGCGGCCAAUGUCAAUCCCACGAGGAGGCGUGCUGCCCUCGGCGACGUCAGCAAUGUGACCAAGGUUGAGGCUGUCGAGAGCAAGAAGGCAGUUGGCAGGACCGGGCUUGUGUCCAAGGCAGCUCAACCCACGGGCGUCCAGAAGAAGACCACGGCGACGCGGUCAGCCUUGACUACGAAAGAGGUCAACAAGAAGACGGAAGUGAAGCGCUCGGGACCCGGAUCAAUUGUGGCCCAGAAGCGCAAGGUGUUGAGCACCUCGACCACGAACACUCUCGUCAAGGAGGGUACCCCUGAGGACAGCGAACCGAUCCGUAAGAAGGUUCACACACUUGAGGACAAGAAGAUCAAGACCGACGUGAGACAAGAAGAGCCUGUUCGAAAGGACGCCGCACCAUCAUCACCGCCUGUUGCUGCCAGCGAGCCUGAGCCGCGUGUCGAGAUCCCAGAGGCCGCACUCUUCCUCGACCGCGAGGACCUCGACGACCCGCUGAUGGUCGCCGAAUAUGCGAACGACAUCUUCGAAUAUCUUCGCGACCUCGAGUGCAACUCCGUCCCCAACCCUCAGUACAUGUCGCACCAAGAUGAUCUUGAGUGGAAGACGCGGGGUAUUCUUAUCGACUGGCUGGUUGAAGUUCACACCCGUUUCCAUCUGCUACCCGAGACACUGUUCCUCGCUGUCAACAUCGUCGACCGGUUCCUCUCGGAGAAAGUUGUCCAGCUCGACCGUCUUCAACUUGUCGGUAUCACCGCCAUGUUCAUUGCUUCCAAGUAUGAGGAAGUCCUCUCACCUCAUAUCGCCAACUUUCGCCAUAUUGCCGAUGAUGGCUUCACCGAGGCCGAGAUCCUCAGCGCUGAGCGGUUUGUGCUCGCGACUCUCAACUACGACCUGAGCUACCCCAACCCGAUGAACUUCCUCCGCCGCAUUUCCAAGGCGGAUAAUUAUGACAUUCAGUCUCGUACUAUCGGGAAAUAUCUCAUGGAGAUCAGUCUGUUGGAUCACCGCCUAAUGGCCUAUCGUUCCAGCCAUAUUGCCGCAGCUGCUAUGUACCUGUCACGGCUGAUCUUAGAUCGUGGCGAAUGGGAUGAUACAUUGGAGUAUUAUGCCGGGUACUCGGAGGAGGAGAUCCAGCCCGUCGUCAUGUUGAUGGUUGACUAUAUGGCACGGCCCGUCAUCCAUGAGGCCUUCUUCAAGAAGUAUGCUCACAAGAAGUUCUUGAAGGCAUCAAUUCUCACCCGCCAAUGGUCGAAGAAGAAUGCCCACCUUUACGGCAUCGACGACAUUCACCUAACCCUCAGUGAGGUCUCUUAG